CCGGCUACGUCAUCUCGCCCAACGCCCACAAGUCACACCCGCCAGCGCGGUACACGUCACGCAUGACCUCUGCAAAUCGCAACCAAGGAUUCACUAACGCCGCCGCCGCCGCUGCCGCGUCGCCAGCUGCUCCGUUGCCCCAGCGGGACUAGCGCACGGAGGGGGUCCUCGGCCAGGGCAACCGUCGCGGUGCCCAUGGCCGACCAUGGCAAGCGCAGCGUCGCGGAGACAUUCUCCAGACUCAGGGUGCAGGGCAAGACUGCAUUCAUCCCAUUCAUAACUGCGGGUGAUCCUGACUUGGCAACCACAUCGAAAGCAUUGAAGAUCCUCGAUUCCUGCGGUUCGGAUGUGAUUGAGGUUGGUGUACCAUACUCGGAUCCACUGGCUGAUGGGCCGGUUAUUCAGGCAUCUGCAACACGGGCACUUAAGAACGGCACUACACUCGAUUCUGUCUUAGGGAUGCUGAAAGAGGUUAUACCUGAGCUAUCUUGCCCUAUAGUUCUCUUCACAUACUACAACCCAAUUCUGAAGCGUGGGGUGCGAAACUUCAUGGCUACUAUCAGACAAGUUGGUGUAAAUGGACUUGUAGUACCUGAUCUUCCUUUGGAGGAGGCACUGUUGCUGAGGAGUGAGGCCAUUAUGCACAACAUAGAGCUGGUGCUGCUUACAACACCAACCACGCCAACAGAGAGGAUGAUAGAAAUUGCAAAAGCUUCAGAAGGAUUUCUUUAUCUUGUGAGUGCUGUUGGAGUUACAGGUGCACGUUCAAACGUAAACUUACGUGUGGAACAUCUUCUUAGGGAGAUCAAGAAGGUUACAGACAAACCUGUAGCUGUUGGUUUUGGUGUAUCAACUCCAGAGCAUGUGAAACAGAUCGCAGGCUGGGGAGCAGAUGGUGUGAUUAUUGGCAGUGCAAUUGUUAGGCAGUUAUGUGAAGCUGCUACUCCUGAAGAAGGGCUGAAAAGGCUAGAGGAGUACACCAGGAAUAUAAAGUCUGCUAUGCCAUUAAGGUGAUCACGCCCAUCAUGAGGAAGCUUAUUAGAACAAAACAGAAUGACAGUUUCAGUGGUAGUCUGGUCAAGGAUUAGCCUCCUAGUUCAGCUAGUGUUGUUUGGUGCUUCUGCUGUGCUGAGAGCUCUAUCCCUGCCUAGAAUGCAAAAAUGAAUAAAGGCGGUAGUUUGUUAAUUAUCUGAAGUGUAAGAUUGUGAUAUUUUAUCAUGGUUUUGACAUUUUUUGAGGGAAAUGAUUGUAAAAUUUCAUAUGCUGAUCCUUUUUGCCUGAAAGAUGGAAUAUUGGAAUGA